AUGAUAAAGUUUUUAUUUCCACAAAGAACGUUAUUGAGUAGUUCUUUUAGACGCUACACAACCUCUGUUCCCAAACAACCUUUGAGAAGAUUUAAACUCACAAGAGGCAAGAUCAUAUUUGGGUCGAUCGUGGGAGCAGGGGCUAUUUAUUAUCAGACUAAUGAGACUGCUCAUAAUGUUCUAAGACAUGUGGUUUUGACCUCGAGAAGGAUCGGUGUGGUUACAGUAGCGACUGUGCGGUGCUUUCAUCGUUACAAGACGACUUUAGAUGCUCAUUACGACUCGCUUGAGGAGCGUGGGGAAGCUUUGAGUGCCUGCCAUCUUUACUGUGCAAAGGUAACCUUACGUGCUUUGCAGGCAAAUGCAGGUGUCUAUAUUAAGCUUGGGCAGCACAUUGGUGCCAUGACCUAUAUGUUACCACCGGAAUGGACUGAGACUAUGAUUCCUUUGCAAGACCAGUGUCCGCAAUCUACAAUGGAAGAGAUCAAUGAAAUGUUCAAGCAGGAUUUGAAAGUUGAUAUUGACGAGAUGUUUUCUGAGUUUAACCCAAAACCUAUCGGCGUAGCAUCGCUGGCACAGGUUCAUGUAGCAAAGCUACGAGACUCCGACCAAAUGGUUGCAGUGAAAUGUCAACACCCAUCUCUAAAAGAGUUUGUGCCCCUGGAUGUGAUGCUGACGCAAACUGUCUUCAAUUUGAUGGAUGUUGUGUUUCCUGAUUACCCAUUGACGUGGCUUGGAGAUGAAAUGCAAUCAUCAAUCUUUGUCGAGUUGGAUUUUACUAAGGAAGCAAAGAAUGCUGUAACUACUGCAGAACUUUUCUCAAAUGCAACUGCAGAAACAGCUCUCAGAAUACCUAAAGUCAUUAGCGCAAACCGCAGGAUACUAGUCAUGGAAUACAUCAUUGGUAGAAGGUUGGACGACGUAAAAUUUUUAGACGACAAUCAUAUCUCUAGAGCCGAGGUAUCGGCCUGUCUUUCGCAUACUUUUAACAAGAUGAUUUUCACACCGAACGCUGGUUUGCAUUGUGAUCCUCACGGUGGUAAUUUGGCUAUAAGACCAUGUAAACCAACUUCAAAAAAUCCUCACAAUUUUGAAAUUGUCUUAUAUGAUCAUGGACUCUAUCGGUUCCCAUCGACCCAGCUGAGAAGGGACUAUGCUCAUUUUUGGUUGGCGUUACUUGAUCACAACCAGCCAGAGAUGAAAUAUUACGCAAAGAGAUUUGCUCAAAUCACUGACGAACAAUUUCCCUUGUUUGCGGCUGCAAUAACAGGGAGGAGUAUUGAUACUGCCUUAAACUAUGACAUCUCUAAACCUAGGAGCAAUGAAGAGAUUGAGACCAUGGCUGCCGGGCUACUGCAUGGUUCUUUUCUCUUGCAAUUAAUGGGUCUCCUUGCUAGAAUUCCUGGCGUUGUACUACUGAUUUUGAAAACAAAUGAUUUGACAAGACAUCUGGACGAAUGUUUGCAAAAUCCACUGGGUCCUGAAAGGACUUUCCUAAUCAUGACACAGUACUGUGCACGGAUGGUUUAUGAAGAGGCCUGUGAGGCCAUAAGCGAUCAUUAUCGAAGGUGGUCGUUUAUCUGGCUUUACAAAGAGGUCAAAGCUUGGUUUGAGUAUGAAAAGCGUAAAAACGAACUGGUUUUCUAUGAUUUGGCGCUAUGGUGGAAAAGAAGGCUAAUGUAG